GCACAUUUCAAUACAGGUAACAAAAUGCUUUAUGACAGACAAUAAAAGCAAACCGAAUAUAAAAGCAGCAGACAGGCAGUAAUACAAACAGAUUAAAAAAGCUUUUUUGUAAAACAAUGUCUUAAGUAGAGAAUUAAAACGAAGGACUGACUCUGCAUGUCUGAUCUCCUCUGGCAGGCUGUUCCAAAGUCUGGGGGCUCUGUCAACAAAAGCCCUGUCCCCUUUAGUUUUCAGCCUGGACCUUGGAACAGCCAGCGGAGAUCUGCCAGAGGAUCUCAGACUGAGUCCUGGUUCAUAAGGGGUUAAAAGCUCAGAAAUGUAAAUAUGACAAUACUGUCAUAACUUAAUGUUGAUGCCAGUGAACCAAAGUUUUGUCUACAGUUGAGAUGAAGCACAUAAACGCUCUCUGAUUAUGUUGACUCCAUCAGAAAUCCACAGUAACAUCACUUCAUUGGACACUUUGGGAAACAUUGAGAGGCUUAAGAUAUGAAGAGCAAGAGCUAUUCAAGCAACACCUGCUGCAUAUCGCCCAAGAAAAAGGCCUCCCAGCCCCAGAACGACAAGUGAAGACGGCAGGCAGAGAUGAUAUAGUGAUGCUGAUGGUGGACAUCUAUGGCCAACAGUCUGUUGAGCUGACCAAAGACGUUUUAUACAGAAUGAACAAGACUGAUCUGCUAAAGACGCUCUCAAGGACCAGCUCAGGAUUCAACACUGAGAAGAAACUUCAGCAAAAAGGUCCACAACAUGAAUCAACCAUGACACCGGUCCAUUCACAGCUUUUAGAAACACUGGAAGAAUUAGGUUCAGGGGACCUGGAGAAAUUCAAACAUGCCUUGCUCCACACUAAAAUGAAAGAAGGGCUCCCAAAAAUCCCAAAGGACCAAGUGGAGACCGCAGACAAAGAUGAGAUAGUGAAGCUGAUGGUGGAGAUCUAUGGCCAACGCUGUGUGGAGGUGACUAAGGAUAUUUUAGAGAGAUGA